GAAUCGACUUUAUCCAAAUUUGCGCGGGUUUAGUGUUGUUAUGGGAGGCUGUCGCUGACUCAAGAAACUAGGAAUAAAAAGGUUUAUCGGAAAUAUUCACGUCGAAACCUGAAAACAUGUCGAAGCGAGAGGCAUUUUUAGAAGCCGCUCGUAAAGAAAACGUGGAGGACUUCCUUCAUUUUGUCCAGCUUCACAGGGACAAAGCUGACCCCUUUGAUGUGGAGGAGGUGGUGCAGGAGAUGCCCAGAGACCAGAGGGAGGCUCUGUGGGGAAGACUUGCCUUGCUCCUCCAGGACGUCCUGCAGCAGCUACCUCCGGAGCGCUGGGAGGAGGCCAGAGAGGAGGGCAUGGAGGUGGAGUCAGCUGCUGACCCUAAACAUGUCAUGGCUGUUGUGGAUGGUGUGACACUGGUGGCUUUAGUGUCUCUAAAGGUUUUACAAGAUGGUGACACCUACCAUAUCCUUCUGGAAAUUGCCCACGAGCUUCACGCUGUUCUGGUGUCGCUGCCUGUCUCAGAGGCACCUCUGCAGCUCCACAUCCACACGCUGUGUGAGGCCUGGUGGAAGAAGGGGCUGGACGAGAAAGAAAAGUUUGGGCGCACUGCUUUUCUCAUCUCUUUGCAGAAGAGCUUCAUUUUGAAGAAACCAGGUGUUGAGAUCCAAAGACUCUGGAGUCUCCAUGAUGUGCUUUUGAGUCUGGACUACACAUCAGAAGACAACAAGCAGAUAAUCGACUUGUUGCUUCAGUGUUUUCACCGUCCUAUUUACAUUAGAAAUGAUGAUGGAAAGCGAUUCCUGGUGUUUCUUUUCAGCUGGAACAUCAACUUCAUCUGGCUUAUUCAUGGCACCAUCAAAAACCAGCUGGAGUUUUAUAGCAAGACCAUGACAACUCAUAUUACGGAGGUCUACUUCAGAGCAUGGAAGAAGGCUAGUGGAGAUUCCCUGGAGCAGAUUGAGAGCUCAUGCAUUCAGGAUUUUAUGCAGUGUGCCAUUUUCCUUCAUAGGGCAUCUCCUGUCCAUGCCAAAGUCCGACAGAUUGUGAGCUACUUCCACACAAGGAAGGGCUGUCACAAAGUGGACAAGAUGCUCUGUAAUCUCUACAGGCCCAUUCUCUGGAAAGCUUUAAGUGCUUCUAACUUUGAGGUACGUGCGAAUGCCACUUUGCUUUUCACUGAUGCCUUUCCAGUCAAUGACCCGGAUCAGAACAAUGAGAAUAUAGAUGCAAGCAUUCAAAAGCAGCUGGACACAGCGAUGGGCCUUCUCGAAGACCCUCACCCCACCGUGCGCUCCAAUGCCACUCUAGGAGUCUGUAAGAUCCUGGCUAAGUGCUGGGAGCUUCUCCCUCCCAUGAUUAUCACAGACUUCCUGAAGAAGCUGGUGAUGGAGCUGGCGGCCGACACCAGCUCCCCUGAUGUCCGCUGUUCAGUCUUCAAGUGUCUGACUAUCGUGCUGGACAACGCUCUCAGCCAUCCACUGCUAGAAAAACUGCUGCCCACUCUCAAGUACAGCCUUCACGACAACUCGGAGAAAGUCCGCAUAGCUUUCCUUGACAUGCUUAUCAAGGUCAAAGCAGUACGUGCUGCCAAGUUCUGGGACGUGUGCAACAUGGACCACCUGCUGGCCCGCCUAGCUAUCGAUUCCCAUUCAGUCUCCAAGCGCAUUGUCGAUCUGCUCUUCAAGUCCUUCUUCCCUGUCAACGAGUCAGAGAGGGAGUGGUGCUGUCGGUGCAUCACCCUCAUGCAGAUGAAUCCUACAGCUGCCAGGAAAUUCUAUCAGCAUGCAUACAAACACACAGCCCCAACUAACAUAAUAAAGCUGAUGUUGGCCAUUCGCCGUGUUCUGAACAGCUGUAUCCAGACUGACUGCGACCUGACUGAGAUUAAUGAUAGCAACAAGGAGAACAGCGCGCAGGCUGAACCUGUUAUGUUGGGGAAAGAUGUGGCUGUUGUGUCCGGUCUGCUGGAGGUCGUGGUCAUCCUGUGGAGAAGUGUCGAAAAGGCCCUGAAACAAAACGAAGAGGCCCACAAGUACACUGUCGCCAAGUUUGGAAAUGUCAUGUCCAAGUAUUUCCAAACCUUUGAGGAUGAGCGAUGCACUGUACCUCUCAUACAGCUGGCCUCAUUUCUACCCCCAGCUGCAGUUCCAACAUUCAGCUGUGGCGUUCUGUCCCGGUUGAGGAGGAUGGACCCAGGAGUUGUGCCAACACAGUACAGCCAGCUGUUAGACUGCCUCUGUAGCUGGGGCCAGGCUGCUGACAUCCUCGACCUCGUCACCGACUGGCUCACUGAAGCUCUGCCCAAGCAAGGGGACAAGGCUAACUCCAGUCGAAAGGUGCGUAUCAUGGAGACAGUGGAGGCCAAACCAGACCUGGCACUGGCCUACCUGGACUACCUGUUCAGCCACACCUCAACGCAAGAGAAAGUCCUGGCACUUGGUCAGAGACCUCUGAAGCAGCUCCACACAGUUCUAGGAAACUGGAAGUCCGUGCUGUACACUCAUCUUAGCUCCACUACAGAAGAUCCUAACAGUCCCAGUUUGGACACUGCACUCAAAGCCUUUGUGUUCCAUGGCUGUCUUGGUGCACAUCUGCAACACUAAUGUGAGUUUCUGACGUUUCAUGCCUCGGAGGGUCGUGACUACCUGCUCUCCCUGGAGCAUAUGGCAGCUUGGGUCGCUGAGAGGGUGUUGCCCUUCCUGGUUAAACGCAGCAACGAUGGUGGGGAGGAUUCAGAGAAGUCGCUGCCACUGGCCGCAGAGAUAACUGAGAGCUUCUUGACAGUGUGCCGAGAUGUUUUGCUCGUGGGUUUGGGCGACGAAACGUUCAAGGGUCAAAUCCUACACCUGUGCUCGCUCAUCCUCCUCUCAGAGACAGGCUACCUCUGCAUUCCUGCAGUGCUGCCAAUUUUGAAGGAGGUGGCAGAUAGUUAUGUACCAGACGACAACAACCAGGUUCAGGAAAAUCAGGAGGAUGCAACCACUGUCAUUCUUGGUGUAGUGGCCAACAUCUUUCAAAAGAUUAUAGAGCUCUUAGCUCGCCGCCUUAGGAAGGAACCAGAGGACGGAAAACGGCUGUGUCAGUCAGCUGUGCCUGCUCUGUCAGACUUCCUCCAAGUGGCACAAACCUGGGACAGAGCACCUCUCAGCGGGGUCUUCUCUACUGUUUUUGCUGUCAUCAUCGUGGAGAAUAGACAUUUGCUCCAGAAGAUUACCCAUCCUGAAGGGGUGAUGACCCCAGAGUCAGUGGAAGAUAUGCCUCCUCUGUCCAACAUCCUGCUGUCUGUUGUCCUCAAGUCACCGUCUGUUAGCAGGGCAUUUUUGACAGAGGUCUGCUCAUCUCUGGACUCUGAGGCCAUCAGCAGUCUGAGUGAACUGGCUGCUGUUCUGCACGUCUUGUCUGUCAUCAAACACAUGGGGCAAUCUAAAGCAGGCUUGAAGAGCGCAGCCACAUCUGUACACCAGCAGCUUUACAAACAUGCAGUCACAUCUGCAGACAGCAGAGACAUCCAGAGGGUUAUUUUUGAAUCCUCUGUGAAGACCUUGAAUGAAAUUCUGGAUUUAUAAGCUCCCUUCUUUUU